CGGAGCCCAGCUUUCCACAGCUCGAAUCUGACGGGAAGCGGCGUCCUGGCUCACGUUCUGGUCACGAGCUCAGUCGGGUGUAGUAUAAUUGCCAGCCGGUGGGCCGUUAAACGCCCUCAGUGAAAAGAGGUAGCUAGCCGGCAGAGCGUCCUUGCGGCCGCUCGCUCCAGGAGCCUUACGAAGAAGCGGCUGAUGCAUUCUAGCAUUUAAAACCGCUAGCCUAGCUAUCUGUGACCCAAGAGAGCCACAGGCUAGCGGCAGAGCCGACUAGUCGCUGUGCGCCUUAUCCUGGUCGCAGGGUUACCGCUUUACCGACGCUUUACGACACAUAGUACCCCAUAGGGGGGGGGAGUCGGGGCGGCUGGACGGUCUGUGAGCAUCGGCGCACGGUGACAGAGCUGAGGGAGGCUCUGAAUGAAUAACAGACAACCUCCGACCCACCGCCGCUUCAAGCCCUUCACCACCCGGUUACGACUGGUUAAAGCGUCGCCGUUAACGUUGGGUGAUCCUGGUCAUCGAGUAACCUCGCCGGCUGCUUCGGUAGAGCAUAUUCAGCGGACGAGAAGAUGCCGGCGGUGUCGAAGGGGGACGGGAUGCGUGGAUUAGCGGUGUUCAUUUCGGACAUCAGGAACUGUAAGAGCAAAGAGGCAGAGAUAAAGCGCAUUAACAAGGAGCUGGCCAACAUUCGCUCCAAGUUCAAAGGAGACAAGGCACUGGAUGGCUACAGCAAGAAGAAGUAUGUAUGCAAGCUGCUCUUCAUCUUCCUUCUGGGCCACGACAUUGAUUUUGGCCACAUGGAGGCCGUCAACCUGCUCAGCUCCAACAAGUACACAGAGAAGCAGAUCGGCUACCUGUUUAUCUCUGUGCUGGUGAACAGCAACAGUGAGCUCAUCCGUCUCAUUAACAACGGCAUCAAGAAUGACCUGGCCAGCAGGAACCCCACUUUCAUGUGCCUGGCACUUCACUGCAUCGCCAACGUGGGCAGCAGGGAGAUGGCGGAGGCCUUCGCUGGGGAGAUACCCCGCAUCCUGGUGGCUGGGGACACCAUGGACAGCGUGAAGCAGUCUGCCGCGCUCUGCCUGCUCCGCCUACACAAGGCGUCCCCGGAUGUGGUGCUGAUGGGCGAGUGGACGUCUCGGGUGGUGCACCUGCUCAACGACCAGCACAUGGGAGUGGUUACAGCAGCAAUCUCCCUCAUUACCUGCCUGAGCCAGAAGAACCCAGACGAGUUUAAGAGCUGCGUGCCGCUGGCGGUGUCCCGCCUCAGCAGGAUUGUUUCCUCAGCCUCCACGGACCUCCAGGACUAUACCUACUACUUCGUCCCGGCUCCCUGGCUGUCCUGCAAACUGCUCCGGCUGUUGCAGUGCUAUCCUCCGCCAGAGGAUGGCGCAGUGAAAGGCCGUCUGGUUGAGUGCUUGGAGACCAUCCUGAAUAAGGCUCAAGAGCCGCCCAAGUCCAAGAAGGUGCAGCACUCGAAUGCCAAGAAUGCAAUCCUGUUUGAGGCCAUCAGCCUGAUCAUACAUUACGACAGUGAGCCCACUCUGUUGGUGCGGGCGUGUAACCAGCUGGGCCAGUUUCUGCAGCACCGUGAGACCAACCUGCGCUACCUGGCCCUGGAGAGCAUGUGCACGCUGGCCAGCUCCGAGUUCUCCCACGAGGCCGUCAAAACGCACAUCGAGACCGUCAUCAAUGCCUUGAAGACGGAGAGGGAUGUCAGCGUGCGGCAGAGGGCUGCAGACCUACUCUAUGCCAUGUGCGACCGCAGCAACGCCAAACAAAUUGUGGCCGAGAUGCUGAGCUACCUGGAGACGGCGGACUACUCCAUCCGAGAGGAGAUGGUGCUCAAGGUGGCCAUCCUGGCAGAGAAGUAUGCCGUGGACUACUCCUGGUACGUGGACACCAUCCUGAACCUGAUCCGCAUUGCCGGGGACUACGUCAGCGAGGAGGUGUGGUACAGGGUCAUCCAGAUCGUCAUCAACCGCGACGACGUACAGGGCUAUGCCGCCAAGACGGUCUUCGAGGCCCUUCAAGCACCAGCAUGUCACGAGAACAUGGUGAAGGUGGGGGGGUAUAUCCUGGGGGAGUUUGGCAACCUGAUAGCCGGGGACCCCCGUUCCAGUCCGCUGGUCCAGUUUAACUUGCUGCACUCCAAGUUCCACCUGUGCUCGGUGCCCAGCCGCGCCCUGCUGCUCUCUGCCUACAUCAAGUUUAUCAACCUGUUUCCGGAGACCAAGCCCACCAUCCAGGAGGUGCUGCGCUCUGACAGCCAGAUCCGCAACUCGGACGUGGAGCUGCAGCAGCGCGCCGUUGAGUACCUCAAGCUCUCCUCCAUCGCCAGCACCGAUGUCCUGGCCACAGUGCUAGAGGAGAUGCCCCCAUUCCCCGAGCGGGAGUCAUCCAUCCUGGCCAAACUGAAGAAGAAGAAGGGUCCCGGAGCAGUGUCGGUGUCUGACCUGGAGGAGGCCAAGGGGGAAGGAGGUGCUCUGAAUGGCAGCGGGGACAGGGGAGCCGAUGCCGCAGCCACCUCCAACAGCGCCACCCUGUCCCCCUCGGCGGACCUGCUGGGGCUCCGUUCGGCAGCUCCCGUUGCCCCUGGAACUGGCAGCCUGCUGGUGGAUGUGUUUCCUGAGGCUGGACCUGCAUCUGCUCCUGCUGUCAGUGAGGAUGGCUUCCUCAGACAUCUGGACCUGCCUCCCGAGAGCUCUGACUCCUUAUUGGUCGAAGCUCCUGGUGAAUCUGACUUCGAGGACCCUGCCCUGCCGCUUCCAGAAUCAGAUGAUCUUCUUUACAAGUUUGUGUGCAAGAACAAUGGGGUUUUAUUUGAGAACCAGCUGCUCCAGAUUGGCACCAAGUCAGAGUACCGGCAGAACCUGGGGAGGAUGUACCUCUUCUUUGGGAACAAGACAUCUGUGCAGUUUUCCAACUUCACCACUUCCAUCACCUGCCCCGGCGACCUACAGACUCAGCUGAAUAUGCAGACAAAGCCAGUGGAGCCCCUAGUGGACGGAGGUGCGCAGGUGCAGCAGGUUCUCAAUAUCGAGUGUCUGUCCGACUUCAGCGAUGCACCUCUGCUCAACAUCAUGUUCAGCAGGUAUGGGGGUGCCCAGCAGAACCUCACGCUAAAGCUUCCGGUGACCAUAAACAAGUUCUUCCAGCCCACUGAGAUGAGUUCACAGGACUUCUUUCAGCGCUGGAAACAGCUGAGUCUCCCUCAACAGGAAGCACAGAAGAUCUUCAAGGCCAACCACAGCAUGGACACUGAUGUCAUCAAAACGAAGCUGUUGGGCCUGGGACCUGCCCUGCUGGAGGACGUGGACCCAAACCCAGAGAACUUUGUGUGUGCUGGGGUGAUCCAGACGAAAGGCCAGCAGAUUGGCUGUCUCCUGCGGUUGGAACCCAAUGCCCAAGCCCAGAUGUUCCGGUUGACUCUGCGCAGCAGCAAGGACACGGUGUCAGUGCACCUCUGCCAUCUGCUGGCUGAGCAGUUCUAGAGCCGCGUCUCUGGGGCUGCAGCACGCUGUCAAACUGGGCCCUGCACACAUGAGGGAAGCCGAGGGCCGAGUGGGACAGGCCUCGCUCUGUCUCCACCCGCUCUUACCUGCUGGCUCUUAUCGUGGCUGUCGUCGUUUUUAUUGCUGUUAUGCUCUGUGGGUGCGUGACAGCCCAUCACUGUUUCUGAAUCUGGAGUUUUGUUUUAUUUUUCUUGCUUUUUGUUUACUUUCCAUGACUCUGUGCUUGUGCUGCCAACUGGGCUGCAAUGACAGGAAGACAUUAAUGGUCUUUGUCUCCUGCCCGUGUUACCAGACAUCCCCCUUUAACUGGUCUAAGCUAAGCCACAUUCUCGAUCAUGUUUUCCCUGAUCUUUUAGCUUCAGGCUUUUUCUGUGUGUGUGUGUGUGUGUGUGUGUGUGUGUGUGUGUGUGUUUCUCAUUGAUGUGAAAUGACUGGUGGCUUUCUAUACCCCAGCCUCUUACCAGCACUACUGCCAGCCGCAUUCGUUAAACAUCCAGACCUGCAGUUAGUGUUUAGAGAUGCAUACUCUCCCUGUUCACUGCGUAUCUAUGUGUUCCUAUGAUGACGCUUAAAAUGAACAUUCCAGUUCCCUUUAAUGGCAGUUUACAGGGGAAGCCCCCAAACUCCCUUGACAGGGUUGAGCUCGGUUUUUCAAUGCCAGCAGGUGAGCAGGGGACCGACCGCUGUAUGACGUGAAGAGGUGGGCUUGGAGGAAACACCCAGCUGCUGCAUCACUGGCGUUUUAAACCUGAUAGACUGGACCCGUCAUUGACAGUCACUGGGUUCAUGCGGAGCUGAGCAAUGCUGUCAACACGCUGUGUGUGGUUCAUGUGUCAUUGUUAUAUUAAACCUGUCUGAUGUACUGGGGCUAAUAUGAAGUCAUUGUCAUGAUGUAUAUUUGACUGUAAGUCUCACAUCUCAUGGAAGGUGUGGAACAUUCUCAUGUUAGAUAAAAGUCCAUAACGUGUGUGCGUGUGCGUGUGUGAGCGUUAGUGUGUAUGCGUGCGCUCGCCUGCAUCUUCAGUGUUUCUAAGCGCUGCUGCAGCCCACUGUCUGUAAAAUCGGUCAGAUACCCAUUAUAGAAAAUGACUGUGUACUGAACAAUGUGAAAGUAAAUGUAUGAAUACAG